AUGAGUUCUGACAAAAUUGACUAUCCAAAAGUAUCGAAAUUAUUUAGCGAUGCUGGUUUUAUCAUUAACAUUGGAGGAUUUCUCUUAAUCUUUGCAUUUAUAAGCCCUUAUUGGUUGGAAUCAUAUGAUGAAGCGUUCACAAAUUUGGAGCACAUGGGUUUAUGGACAUACUGUUUUAAUCACACCCAAUACCCUUACUAUCAAUUUGAAAAACUCUUUGGAUGGCUUGUAUUUUUGGACGUUUUCAUGAGUUUAGCAGUAUUGUUAUCACUUGGGACAUUACCAAUAAUUGUUGCUGUUGUAACGAGAUAUCCACAACGUCUCGUACUGAAAUAUGAGUACAUCCUUUCAGCUUUAUGUUUCUUAGCGGCUGCAACUACUACUGUAUUGAUACUGUUUACUGUGAGCCUGUUCCCAUUAUACUGUUGGAGUUGUGGUUUGGUCAUGUAUCCUAUGUAUAACCAUCUAUCGUGGUCAUUUUAUUCAGCUAUUCUAUCAGGUUUUGUGCAUGCUUAUGGAGCAUGGUAUUUAUUUCAGGGCGCAAAAAUUGCCUAUGAACAAAGAAGGAAGAUUGAAAAUUUAGUCAAGCAAAUAAAUGUAUUCUACAAUCAAUAA